CACAAACACCAACACUGCAGAACUUCCAAAGCUUCACAUAUAGCGAUGCAGCAGAACUUACCGGAGGAGAACAACGAGAGAGGAAACCAGUUCUGCAUCAACGACCACAUUGACAUCGUUGUCGAGGUCCUCAAACGCCUCGACGGGCCCUCACUCGGCGUCGCGGCUUGCGUCUGCCGCCUCUGGUGCUCCGUGGCCCGAAAUGACUCGCUCUGGGAGCACCUCUGCUUCCGUCACGUGUCUUCCCCGCCUCCAUCCUCCGUGCGGCCUGUCGUGGUGGCCCUGGGAGGCUACAAGCGCCUCUACAUGGUGUGCGUGCGGCCGGUUCUGAGUCGACUCAGCGACUCCAGGUUGGUCAGGCGGGUGUGGACUCGAGACGAGGUGCAACUCUCGCUGUCAUUGUUCUGUGUUGACUACUACGAGAGGAGACUCGGCGGCGGUGAAGCAGCGGCUUCGUCACUCAUGUUCCUCUGCAACCCUGUGAACGUUUGA